GCCUUCUGUAGCACUCUAUGCUGAAUUUGUUUAGUAGUAAUGGAAAACGAAUAGAUUUUUAAGUCAGUCUAAAUUAUAUUUGUAUGUUAGCUUUAGUUUUUAAAUUUUAAGAUGGGCGUAUUUCGUAUUAGGGUUUUUAUUCUUUAUAUAUAUUUUUGCUGCUCCUUUCUAUAUUCAGUUCCCAAUGUCAGCGGCCAAGAUAAUAAGUGCUUCAACUGCACCGAGCUGGUAAAUUGCAAAGCCUCCCAGUAUUUUCUAAAGUACGUAGAUUCAGCGGAUAAGAACAAGGUAGUUUUAAAGACACCAGCCGAUAAAGCUGAUCCAAUCCUGGAGAAGUGUCUGGAUGAAGGCUUCAGAAUAAAUGAUACGCUAAAGGGCACUUUAUGCUCCGGCAGCACAGAUGGCCUAUGUCACGCAAUUGGCCAGGCCACUGGCAGUCAGAGCGUUCUCUUUAGUCAUUGCGGAAAUUGCUACAAAGAAUGCGAUUGCUACAACCAAAAUGGAAUCGAUCGAACAGAAGGCGCUAUUAUAUUAACAAUGUCCCUGGCCGCUUUUUACACUCUGAUACAAUAGAAUUUUAAACAGCAAA